CUCUCUCGCAUAUUUUUUAAAAGGUCAGGAAGUUUCAAAGUGGAUAAAAACUGAGACAGAACCGAAUCCAUCCAUAAAGAGACAACGGAAGAUCUAAUCUCUAUCGACCACAUAUACACUUUAAUCUCUUCGCCAAUGGCUUCUCUGAAGCUUACACCUUCUUCUUCUCCAAUCUCCAUCCCCAAGGUUGUUGGUGUUCCUUGCUCUAGGAAAGGAGUUUCAUUUCUUGUAAAAGCUGAGCAUUCUUCGUCUUCCUCUUCUGAUCUUCAAGGUAAAUGUCAGAGACGUCUGGUUGUAACGUUUGGUAUUGUUGCUCCUUGGAUCUCAUUGCUAAGUAGAGCUCCAGUAUCAUUUGCUGCAGAAAGCAAAAAAGGAUUCCUUGCUGUCUCUGACAAUAAGGAUGCUUAUUCGUUUAUCUAUCCAUUUGGGUGGCAGGAAGUUGUGAUUGAGGGUCAAGAUAAGGUAUACAAAGAUGUUAUUGAGCCGUUAGAAAGCGUUAGUGUGAAAUUGAUCCCAACUAGCAAACAGACUAUUAAAGAAUUUGGCCCUCCCAAGCAGAUCGCUGAAACACUGAUAAAGAAAGUUUUGGCCCCUCCAAAUCAGAAAACAAACCUUGUUGAUGCAUCAGAGCAUGAUGUUGAUGGGAAGACUUAUUAUCAGUUUGAGUUCACUGUUCAGGCUAGAAACUACACCCGCCAUGCCCUGGGUGUAAUCACUGUGUUUAAUGGAAAAUUCUACACAUUGACGACGGGAGCAAAUGAGAGGAGGUGGGAGAAGAUGAAAGAUAGGCUUCACACUGUGGUAGAUUCCUUCAAGAUCACUGUUUGAAAAUUAUCAAGUUUGGUUUGGUUAUCUCUUGUUUUGAAAAGGCCCAUUUCUUCUUGUAUUUUUGUCCAUUCUUCUUCUUCUCUUAACAAUAUUGUUUUUUCCUGUAAGUGAGAUUCAAUACUCUUGACUUGCCUAUUACCCCCUCUCUCUCUCUCUCUCUCU